UCUCAAGUAAUCUACAAGAGUAUAUCAGAGGCUGAUGGAAGCUAUUGCCAACUAUCCAUUUACUCCUACCGAACCUGACGAACUUGCGUUUGAAAAAGGCAGUACUUUAUAUAUUAUUGGUAUGGAAGAGGAUCCGAAUUGGUACAAAGCUCGACAAGGGAACCAAGAGGGAAUGGUACCUGCAAACUAUAUCUCAUUGUAUCCUCAUCCAUGGUACAUACCCAGGUGCAGUCGGCGUGAGGCUGAGGCCAGACUUUUAGAAACUGAUCCAAGUACAAACCGCGAUGUACAGCCUGAUGGCGCAUUUAUUUUAAGACAAAGCGAAAACGACCCUGGUCAGUUCAGUAUCUCGGUCAAAGAAGGUUCGUCAGUGUUGCAUUUCCGUAUAUUUUUCGAUCCAAAUGGUAAGUAUUAUAUCUGGACAAAUAGAUUCAACUCGAUCAAUGCUCUAAUCGAUUAUCAUCGUCAUCAAACUAUAUAUGGGGUGAAAGCACUUUUACUACGUGAUUGCGUUUCAAGCAAAAUUUUUGGUUCAGUUGGUUCCGGUCCUAAUGUGGUUUUUAACAAUGCUAGUGCUCACACAACUACAGCUAACAAAGGUUCAAAUUUACAUACUAAAGAACAGACUACCCAACUAAUCCCGGAUUUGCCUCCUGGUGUUGUGCUUACAAAUUUAUCAGGACGGCAAUGUGUGGCCAAAUUUGACUUUAAUGCUGAGUUUCGGGAAGAAAUGUCCUUUCGUCAAGGGGAUUGUCUCCGAUUGCUUGGUGAAGAGGAUGAAAAUUGGUGGUUUGCUGAAUUAAUAACUCAUACUCCUAGUGGUCAACUAACGCGUCACGGUCUAAUUCCUGCUAAUUAUGUAGAACUUUUAUCCAAUAAUACUUCCGAAUCUACAGUUUCUAACAUGCACAGUAAUCCCUCUAAAGUUUCACAACCCCCUGCUCAAAUCACUCGCGCUAAUUAGAUCAAUUUGUAUAAGUAUAGUUCCAACCGUAAUAUGUGCACACUACUUCAAUAUAUUUGAUCGAUCAAUUUUACAGUAUAAUUUCCACAGCUUUUCUGUUUAUUUUUAUCGUGAAUGAACUUUCAUGUGAUAAAUAUGUGGUAAGUGAUAGAAACUCAUGCUCAUCUCAGUAAUUGAUUAGCAUCUCAGUUUGGAUCUCAUGUGUAUUUUGUAUUUACUGAAAGUAAAUUGCACAAUCUCUCUUCUGUCAGCAGAUUUUAGUUUAAAUCUCAGAGUUAUUUGACAUGAAAUAAAUUGUGCUGUUAAGGCCUAUUGGCCAACUUAUUAUUCUUAAGUUUCAUGAUCUGUAUUUUUUUUCUUAUAAUCGAAGCCUUGCUUUUGAUUGUUUUUCUCAUGUAAUUUUCAAUGAAAUACUAGUUUUUAUGACUGGCGUAUGUUUGCGUAUACUUGAGGAUGCGAGCUAAAAAUUCUCGAACACGUAUACUUGGUUUUAGGUCAAAUCACUGUAUGAUGUAUAAUUUCCCGCCUGCUUAGCUAUCAUUCAUACACAUACAUUUCUUCAUUACUUUUAGCAAGUAGUCUUCUAUGGAAAUUACUGUCCAUAAAUAGACCAAUAUAUAGUGUUUAUACAAAAAUACAUGUUGAAGGUUACUUCAGUGAG